UAGCCUUAAUAAUUGGUUUUCAUUGAUGCUUGGACCAUCAGCUCUCUCGUUUAAGGCAGCCUGCAGGGUGGCCUUGCUAAGUACUCAUUCGUGAAACACAGCUUCCAGUCUUUUCGAGGUGAUUAAAGAUAUCUUGGAGCAAGUAACUUGUCCUCCCUUUGGUGUUAGACUACGUUUGCAAUGGAGCCGGAAGAAUCAUCUCAAGAUGCCGUCUCACAACCGUUCGUGGAAGAAUCAUCUAAAGGGAAGGACAAGGCCGUCUCACAACCGUUCAAGGCGAAAUCAGCUAAAGGAGAGGUCAAGGCGAAAUCAGCUAAAGGAAAGGUCAGGGCCGCGGAGCGAUCUACGAGAGGCAGUUUUGAAAGGCUGAAGCUGACGGGCCUGGCCGGGACGAUGGGCUCUGAUCCUUCCCGCAUGUGGAUGGGACUCGACAAGUGGGUUCUGGACACCCGCGAGGAGUACCACUGGUCCUCCGGCCCGCAGCUGUUGCUCGACCGCGUCAAACUAAGCAGUGGCUUGGAGAAAGGAUCUGUACGGACCGAGCGGUUCAAGAUCCCGGGAGUCCGGUGCCGUCAGGGCCGAGAAAGGAACGUGGUUUCUGUGCAGCAACUUGCUCGUGAUCAUGGUUUGGUUACGGUGUUUGAGCCGACAGGUUGCUACGUGAAGGAUAAAGCUGAGACUAUCGUUGGGCAGGGCCGCUCACGCAACGGCAAGUACGUGCUGAACUAUCUGGACAUCACCAAGGCACAGGAAAAGGGUAUCCGAGAUGUCAAGACCAGCCCUGAUCAGGGAUCACUAGCCGGCUCACAACCGGAGUGGGAGCGGCCUGAUAAGAGAUGCUGGUUUGGGCAGACACGACUUGACAGGCAUUCCUCGAUGUUGUCGCAUGAACUGGGAGGCUUGUACUUCGGGAUGAGAUCUGAUUUUUUGAUGGACUCGGGCGCAUGCCACCACGUGACAUGCAAAGGAGAUGUUCUAAAAGCCUACCAUGCCGAUCUACAAAUCAGGCCACCCAUACAGUCUGUCACGAUUCGGGAACGACAUAGAUUAUUCCCUCGCGCUCUUCCAGUUGAUGGAAUUGGGUACAUAGACAGUGCUGGGGGAUCGCUUGAUCGCGUGCUAUUUGUUCCUACCUCGCAUGCAAAUCUAGUUUCAGUUAGCCAGCUUACAGAGGAUUACUCCGUGAGGGUGGUUUUCGACGAGGAUGGGUUCUGGAUCGAGAAGCUUGAAACCAAGGAGAGCAUUGGGGGUGGCAUUCAUCACGAUUCUAUCGGCCACGACUGCGCCUACAUGUUGACUUGUUUCAACGUAGGAGCAGAGAGCGACUGGGUUCUGGACAGCUUCGCAUGGCUCCACCAUACCUCCGAUCGGCGGUUGCUGUACAACCUCCAGCAGAAAGCCGAGGUUAUGCCGACGGCAGCAGUGGACGACCAGCUGCAGAUUCUUGAGCAUGGGUCGGUACGGACCGAGCGAUUCAAGGUCCCAAAAGUCCGCUACAUUGCGGGCCACGCAACAAGGAACGUCAUCUCAGUGGCUCAGCUGGCUUAUGACCAUGGCCUGGUUACAGUCUUUGAGCCGACAGGUUGCCAUGUGAAGGAUAAGCAGACAGGCCAGAUCGUCGGCAAGGGCCGCUUAAGCGACGGCACAUACGUGCUGGAUUAUCUGCGAAUUGGCCAGGCACAGGGACAGGUACAGGACGUUGUCGAUGCAAGCCUGCCCCCGGACUUACAAGGUUCUCAGGAAUUACAAGGCCGCGGCCCACGACCGCAGCUGGAGUGGCUUGGUGAGGCAGGCAGGUUUGGGCGGCCACGAUCCGACAGGGCUAAGGAUCCAACCAUAGCUGUUUUCCAGACGUUGCCACAUAAUCAACCACGCACAAUGGAUUUUUAUAUGGCCUCUGGUGAACGUCACCACAUGACAUGGAAUGGAGCUAUUCUAAUGGCGUACCAUGCCGAUAUGCAUAUCAACCCACCCAUACAGUAUGUCACCGGAGUUCUUCCCUGGCCUCGUCUCACAGUUGAUGGAAUUGGAUACAUAGACAGUAAAGCAGGAUCGCUUGAUCGCGUGCUAUUUGUUCCUAGCUCGUCUGUAAAUACAGUUUCCGUUAGCCAACUUACAGAGGAUUGCUCUGUGAGGGUGGUUUUCGACAAGGAUGAGUUUUGGAUGGAGAAGCUUGAAACCAAGGAGAGGAUCGGGCAUGGCCGUUGCUUUGGCACAAAGUAUGUGGUGGCUCGUUUGGAAGUAGGAGCGGCGAGCUACUGGGUUCUGGACAGCUUCGCAUGGCAGCACCAUACCCCUGAUCGGAGGUUGCUGUACGACCUCCAGGAGAAAGCCGAUGAUCAGCCGCAGCCUGGUGGGGACCAGCUGCAGAUCCUUGGAUCUGUACGGACCAAGCGAUUCAAGGUCCCAAAGGUCCGCUACAUUGCGGACCAUGCAGCAAGGAACGCCAUCUCAGUGGUUCAGCUUGCUGAUGAUCAUGGCUUGGUUACGGUCUUUGAGCCGAGAUUUUGCUACGUGAAGGAUAAGGAGACCGGGCAGAUCGUUGGGCAGGGCCGCUUACGCAACGGCACGUACGUGUUGGACUAUCUGCGAAUCGACCAGGAUAAAAGAGGAGGAGCCGGAGGCGGAGGAGGAGACGGCGAAGAAGAAGAAAAAGAAAAAGGUGGUAGUGAAGCUGGAGGUGGUGGAGGAGAGAAAAAAGAAAAGGACAAAGAAGGAGGAGGAGGCGGAGGAGAAACAGGAGGAGGUGCAGACGGAGAAGGAAGUGGAGACGAUAAAGGAGGAGGAGAAAAAGGCAAAAAGGAAGGAGGAGGAGGAGAAAAAGAAGAGGAGGAGGAGGAGGAGGAGGAGGAAGAGAAAAAGGAGGAGGAGGAGGAGAAUGAUGAAGAAGAAAAGCUCAAAGAACCAUCUCAAACACAAUGUGAUAUGGAGAAUGAUGAAGAAGAAAAGCUCAAAGAACCAUCUCGAGCACAAGGUGACAUAGAGAAGGAUGAAGACAAACAGCUCACAGAACCAUCUCUAGCACAAGGUGAUAUGUUUGGGCUAUUACGGUUCGACAGGGCUCCGGACCAGGCUGUGAGCGACCCUUGCCACCGCUAUCAUUUUCUCGGAAGCGAUGUCUACGCUCACACAGCACUUGCGGCGUCACUAAACCAAGUACCCUCUGACGAUGUUUUUGUGGACUCAGGUGCAUGCUUCCACAUCACAUGGAACCCAUCGGUUCUGCAACGCUACCCUGAUCAUCUAAAUGUUGUUCUGCCUACACAGUCUAUCAGUGGAGUCUCCGGGUCGAAUAUCACAGUUGAAUAUAGUGGGUACAUAAACAAUGCUCAAACCCAGCUCGACGGUGUGCUGUUUGUUCCUGGGUCAACUGCCAAUCUGGUUUCCGUUGGGCAGCUCACGUGGCAGUACUAUGUGUGCCUGGAAUUUGACAGGGAAGUCAUUACAAUCAGAAGGAAAAUUGACGGGGUGGAGAUUGGGAGAGCAAAUCGGAGAGGCAAUCACUACCUGCUGCAGCAUUUCAGACCAGGUCGUCUAUAUGUUGAAAAACCCAGCCCCAACUUCUGGGGUCCUCAGCAUCAAUUUUCCGCCUGAUCCACUAGCAGUAAGCCAGCUACCACGUACUUACGUCCUUGGGUGAUUUCCAUCUUUAAACUACUUCUUAAUUUAGGCAUCUAUUGUGCGAGACAUCUUUCUUGGGCAAUUUUUGGUUUACUGUGGAGUGGGAAUCAUAGACGGCUCCGUCCGGAACUGUCAUCGGUCAUCAUGGACGUCGAUGGUCAGUGAUGAGGUGUCAAGGAGGGAUCUCUGUGGUAGUGGAGACUGCAAUUGUUCUUCGAAUAUUGUCAUUAUGACUUAAAAUGCAUGGAUUUGUGGCAUUGUUUCCUUUACAGAACCAAAUUGUAUCCUUGUUCUGAAUCAGCAUCUAUCAGUAUGCAUGUGACUCUGAUUUAUCAAA